AUUAUCAUUUGUAUGAAUUAAGGGUGCCAAGAUUUGUACCAGAAAGUUAGCUCAAUUUGUUUUAGGUAAUGAAUAUUAAUUGGUUGGCGUUACAAGUGAGACAAGCUACACAGGAACAUCCUGUUGGUUGUUUCUUCAUCACUUUUUGUUCAGUCUUAAUUGCUUGAUAAAAAUAAAACAAAAUAAUAUUACAUAAAACAGAAAAAGAAAUGUCAAGCUCAGUUAUUAAGAUACAUAAUUGUCUUGAUCUUAAGUUGCAUUCUUCCAUUGAUUCUAAAAAGAUUCGAAAUCAGUCCUUAAAUUUUUAUGCUCAAAUGGGAAUUAAAACAAAAUAAUUUUGAGACCAAGUUCUUGAGUGAGGGAGAACAAAUGUCAUUAUCAAACUUCUAUAGAUACAUCAAUUUAUCUCUAUAUCAUAAAAUAAUGGUGCAGAUUUAAAUUUCCAAUUAUUCAAGAAUUGCAUUAACAUGUGGUGGAGUUUAGUAUAUAUAUCUUACUCUUUGUGAAAUUAUUGACUCCAAAUAGUUUUCCAUCAAAGCAUAAUAUAUAGCAAGCAACACCUUUUUCUUUUGGCUGUUUUCCCUUUAAUAUAACACUACAAAUUGGAGAACACCUUUUUUUUCUAUCUUUUUUUUUUUUUUUUUUUCUCUCUUGCAUCAUUGAACAAUGGAAGGUGGGAUUCCUAUGAUAAACUGUUUAUUACAGCACACACUUAGAAAUUUAUGUGCAUGCUCUGAUUCUUCCUCCACCACUUCAAAAUGGGCAUACGCAGUCUUUUGGAGAAUCCUACCAAGAAAUUAUCCUCCUCCAAAGUGGGAUAAUGGAGGAGGCCUUCUUGAUCGAGCUAAAGGAAACAAAAGGAACUGGAUUCUUGUAUGGGAAGAUGGGUUUUGUGAUUUCUGGGAGUGUGAAAGAGGUGGGAAGAGAAGAUUUGGUGCUGAUACUUUCUUCAAGAUGACACACGAGGUUUAUAAUUUUGGAGAAGGAUUGGUGGGUAAAGUUGCAUCAGAUAACACACAUAAAUGGGUGUUUAGAGAUAGCCCCAUUGAGAAUGAUCUUUCUUCAUGGAAUGUAUCCAUUGAUCAUCCAAGAGCAUGGGAAGCCCAGUUCAGCUCUGGCAUUGAGACUAUAGCGAUUAUAUCGGUGAGAGAAGGUGCCAUCCAACUUGGCUCAUUCAACAAGGUUGUUGAAGACGUAAACACGGUGUUAAGCAUACGAAGAAAAUUCAGCUAUCUGCAGAGCGUACCUGGACUAUACCCUAUGCAGAGGCCAUACGCACCAAUCGAAAAUCGAAACACUUUCGAAGACAACAAUUGUCAAAAACUUUUACAAUCCAACGAACGUUCGUAUAGUGGAAUUAUUGAUGAUAAGCACCACAUGGUCGGAUCAAAAAGGCAAAACUACGAUCAAAUCGACGAUUUAUUGCCUGCUAAAUCCUUAUACUUAGGGUUCAAUAGCCCACAAAACGGCAAUAGUGAAGCGUUACCCUUGUGGUCUAUUCCACCCCCUUUUCCCUCAAUGCCUUGCAAUAACCUCAGCGCAAUUUUUUCGAAGAUUCCGUCCGCUUUGAUGCCGUACGAUGAUGCUCUUGAAGGUGGGUUGGUCAAUAGUCAAAAUUUGAUUCCGGACGUCGAUGUUAAGGUGGAGGCGCCAGGUGUACGAGAGGAUGGAGUUGAUGAAGAUACAAGAUCCUUAAAUCAGACAAUAAGAUUGGUUUAGGGUUUUUCUAAGUCUUGAUUUAUCAGAGUACUCAUUUUCUAUCCUGUAAUAAAUAUUUGCUAAGAUUGCUUUUUUUCUUUAUUAUUAUUAUUUAUUUUUUAUUGACU